AUGUCUUUUGAUAUGAUUUGCGCUCAAACACAACGCGUCCAAUUCACUGAAGACACUUUUGGCACAGUUGGACACGAUUCAGAUAUAGGCAUCAGAUAUACCAAUCAAAGCCUAAUUGACGUACAUUUAGGAUUUUUGCAGGUGAGACAUCGUUAUGCGAUAACAUUCAGCUUCGAGUGUCCGGAAUCUAUUGAAGGCUCGCUUGUGGUUCGCAAUCAAGAAUCGUCGGCAAUCAACCCAAACACACAUGUAAUUGAUUUGAGGGCUUUAGAUGUCGACAAUUUGCCGACAAACACAUCGAAUACAACUAAUUCU